AUGGCUUCCUCACAAGAUUCUACCCAAAAGGGAUCAUUUUUGAGUCCUUUGGUUGUGACGAACCCUCUGGGUAGAGAGCGAUCUCCAUCCGCUUCAUCCGCCGGUGUGUCUUCAUCAUGGUCCGGCACGACAGAUCCCGAUCAUAGUCCGACGUCACCAAGAUCUUCUUUUUCCCCAGACAUGGCAGGCAAUCAAGAUCCUAGUCGGUUGGGGGUUCACUAUCCCUCACACCGACCAUUACAGUCAAUAGAUGGCGAUACAUUACGUCCUCGCUCCGAUUCUUUCGCUUCUUCCGAGGGCACCACAAUACGAUCCAGGGCCAACUCUAUUGACCCUAUCUCGGCUGCUAAACUUUAUGAUGACGUGCCUCUUCUCGAGGCCCUCAACCCUGACCCUCGUAACGAGGCCGAUUUUCAAAUUCAAGAUAACCGAUUUGCGUUCUCGCCCGGUCAACUUAAUAAGAUGCAAAACCCCAAAUCCCUCGCAGCCUUUCACGCCCUCGGCGGCUUGCAGGGACUGGAGCGAGGUCUACGAACAGAUCUGAAUGCUGGACUCUCUGUGGACGAAACUCGCCUAGAAGGCACUGUCGAAUUCCAACAAGUCACGCCACCCUUACAUCACAAUCGACCGUCUAUAACGAAGCCCUCUUUAGAAUCACAUUCAACGCCAAUACCACCCUCAUCAGCUGGCGAAGGUUCUCCAUUCGAGGAUCGGCUUAGAAUUUUCAGCGAGAAUAGACUUCCGACCCGGAAAUCUACCGGGUUCUUGAAACUCUUUUGGAUUGCUUAUAACGAUAAGAUUAUUAUACUUUUGACCAUCGCUGCGAUUGUGUCAUUAUCUUUGGGUAUCUAUGAGACCGUUGAUGGUGGAACAGGUGUAGACUGGGUUGAGGGUGUCGCUAUCUGCGUGGCGAUUCUCAUCGUCACUGUUGUCACCGCUGCCAAUGACUGGCAGAAAGAAAGACAAUUUGCCAAACUCAACAAACGCAAUGAUGAUCGUGAGGUGAAAGUCAUUCGGUCGGGCAAAUCUAUGAUGAUCUCAGUAUAUGAUAUCAUGGUUGGAGAUGUUGUCCAUCUUGAUCCUGGUGACUCCAUUCCCGCCGAUGGGGUUUUGAUUUCAGCCCAUGGUAUCAAGUGUGACGAGUCCUCUGCUACUGGCGAAUCAGACCAAAUGAAAAAAACGGCUGGCCAUGAAGUGUGGCAGCGUAUUAUUGAGGGUCACGCCACGAAAAAGCUUGAUCCAUUCUUGAUCUCUGGCAGCAAGGUUCUUGAAGGUGUGGGUACCUACCUGGUGACUAGCGUUGGCCCAUAUUCCACAUAUGGUCGAAUCAUGUUAUCGCUACAGACAUCUAAUGAUCCAACACCACUGCAAGUGAAACUGGGUCGUCUUGCAAAUUGGAUUGGAUAUCUGGGAUCAGGGGCCGCCAUCAUCCUGUUUCUUGUCCUGCUUUUCAGAUUCGUUGCGGAUCUUCCAAAUCAUCCCAAUACGAGUCCAGCAGAAAAAGGCAAAGAAUUUGUCGACAUUUUGAUUGUCGCGGUGACUGUUAUCGUCGUAGCCAUUCCAGAGGGGUUGCCAUUGGCGGUAACUUUGGCCUUGGCCUUUGCGACUACUCGUAUGGUGAAGGAAAACAAUCUAGUUAGAGUUCUGAGGGCUUGUGAGACAAUGGGAAAUGCCACAGUAGUGUGCUCUGAUAAGACAGGCACCCUGACACAAAACAAAAUGACCGUGGUCGCAGGCACAUGGGGCUCAAGUCAAAGCUUCAGCCAGUUGCCUGAAACUCAAGUCGGUGAACAGUCGACGGCUCCAUCAACCAUUUUCCAAAAAUGCUCUGCGCCAGUGCGAGAUCUCAUUGUCAAAAGUGUUGCCUUGAAUUCCACGGCUUUUCAAGAAGAAAAAGACGGCCAGCGAGAGUUUGUGGGGAGUAAAACUGAGGUUGCACUCCUCCAAAUGGCUCAGAAUUAUCUAGGCUUGGAUCUCGCUGCUGAGCGCGGCUCUUCUGCGAUUUGUCAAAUCAUUCCUUUUGAUUCUUCACGGAAAUGCAUGGGCGUUGUAUACCGCCGUCCAGGCAAUGGGUAUCGCCUUCUUGUCAAGGGAGCCUCGGAAUUGAUGGUCGCCGCUUGCAAAACUCAAAUCACGGAUAUUGAUAUGUGCAAAGAUGAAACCCUCACGGAGUCUUUAUCAGAAAAGCAGAGGGAGGGAAUUCUGAACAUCAUUGACAAGUAUGCCCAGCAGUCCCUUCGCACGAUCGGUAUCGUUUAUAAGGACUUGACAGCCUGGCCUCCGGCGAAUUCUAAGAAGCAAGAAGAUGAUCUAUUUGAUGUGAAUUUUGAAGAGAUUUUUAUCGACAUGACCUGGGUUGGAGUGGUGGGAAUUCAAGAUCCCCUUCGACCUGAAGUUCCACCGGCGAUUGAAAAAUGUCGUUCAGCUGGAGUCCAGGUCAAGAUGGUCACUGGGGACAACGUUGCGACCGCCACAGCUAUCGCAUCUUCUUGUGGCAUCAAAACUGAGAAUGGGCUGGUAAUGGAAGGCCCUAAAUUCCGACAGCUAUCAGAUGAGGAGAUGGAUGAAGUGGUCCCUCGACUCCAAGUCUUGGCUCGCUCUUCACCAGAUGAUAAACGCAUACUUGUCGAGCGACUUAAGGCCCUUGGGGAAACUGUUGCCGUUACCGGUGAUGGAACUAAUGAUGGGCCUGCUCUGCGCACUGCAGACGUUGGUUUCUCCAUGGGCAUUGCUGGCACUGAAGUGGCCAAGGAAGCCAGCUCAAUUAUUCUUUUGGAUGACAACUUCAAGUCCAUCGUUACUGCCAUUUCUUGGGGGAGAGCGGUCAAUGAUGCUGUCGCCAAAUUUCUACAGUUCCAGAUCACAGUGAACAUCACCGCCGUGGUCCUAACAUUUGUGUCAUCUGUUUACAGUAGCUCGAACAGCAGUGUUCUGACUGCUGUGCAGUUGCUCUGGGUGAAUCUGAUCAUGGACACCUUUGCGGCUCUAGCCUUGGCUACCGAUGCUCCGACGGAGAAAAUUCUUGACCGGAAGCCUGUUCCCAAAAGUGCAUCACUCUUCACGUUGACAAUGUGGAAAAUGAUACUUGGGCAGGCGGUAUAUCAACUAGCUGUGACUUUCAUGCUCUACUUUGCUGGAGAAAAGCUACUCGGCUCUGUACUUGAUGAUACCAAUCCCGACCAUCGAUCUAAACAGCUAUCUACAGUUGUGUUCAACACGUUCGUGUGGAUGCAGAUUUUCAACGAGUUCAACAACCGUCGCCUUGAUAACAAGUUCAAUAUUUUCGAGGGAAUGCUCCGAAAUUAUUGGUUCAUGAGCAUCAACGCCGUCAUGGUCGGCGGUCAGAUCAUGAUUGUGUAUGUUGGUGGCGAAGCUUUUGGUGUGACACGACUCAGCGGCAUUCUCUGGGCAGUGUGCAUUAUCUGUGCCGUGGGAUGUCUGCCGUGGGCUGUCGUUCUCCGCAUCAUCCCCGAUCGCCACUUUGGUCUGUUAUUCAAUGCCGUGGUUGGCGGUAUGACUGUUGUCUUGCGCCCGAUUGUCAAGGCAAGCAAGGCAAUUUCUAACGGCGCUGUGAUGUUGUUUCGGCCAGUCACGCGGUUCGCCCGCCGGGUCUUCUCUCACCGAAGCUCCAAAACUACAGACUCAUCUAUUGAAAUCGAACCCGUCUCGCUUGUUGCGGAUGAAGAAGCCCCUACUCCGCCGAAAAUUGUACGAGAGGAAAGCCCUGAACGCUCUCGAACGCCACCAGCAAUCACGGUGCCUCCAAUUUUGGUUACGACUUCUCCUUAG